CGGGGCGGGGACUUCUGGCACUUUCUGGGACCUGCGGGUGUGGGGCUCGCCAACCUUCAGGCCGGAAACCCGCGCGUACCCGCUACCGGCGUCCUAGUCGUCUGCGCCGCCUGCGCCGUCAUGGCCAAGUGGGGCCAGGGGGACCCGCGCUGGAUCGUGGAGGAGCGGGAAGACGGGACCAACGUGAACAACUGGCACUGGACAGAGCGGGAUGCCACCGUUUGGUCCAAGGGGAAGCUCCGGGAGCUCCUGGUUGGCAUUGCUAUGGAGAAUGAGGCUGGCCGGUGUGAGAUCAGUGAGUUGAAGCAGGUGGAAGGUGAGGCUUCCUGUAGCAGCCGCAAAGGAAAGCUAAUUUUCUUCUAUGAGUGGAACAUCAAGCUGUCCUGGAAAGGUACAGUUAAAGAAUCUGGCGCAAAACACAAGGGACUGAUUGAGAUACCCAAUCUUUCUGAAGAGAAUGACGUUGAUGACACUGAGGUGAACGUGAGUAAAAAGAAAGGAGAUGGGGAUAUACUGAAGGAUCUUAUGAAAACUACAGGCACCGCCAAGGUCAGGGAGGCCCUUGGAGAGUACCUGAAGGCACUGAAGACUGAAUUUACAGCAGGAAUGAUUUUACCAACAAGGGCUGUAACAACCCAGGAACUGACUGUUGAGAGGACACUGGCUGAGAACUCUUUGCAGGUGCAGGCUUCUCCAGUGGCACUGGGUGUAAGGAUUCCCACUGUAGCUUUGCACUUGACUGAGCUGUUUGACACCACAGUAGAACAGCUGUACAGUAUCUUCACCGUGAAGGACUUGGUGCAAAAAUUUUCCAAAUCUCCUGCUGUCUUAGAAGCUGAAAAGGGAGGGAAAUUCCAGAUGUUUGAUGGGAACAUCACUGGAGAAUAUGUGGAACUGUUAACAAACAGGAAGAUCAUCAUGAAAUGGAGGUGCAGGAACUGGCCAGAAGAACACUAUGCAACAGUUGCAUUGAAUUUUGUGCCUGCUCCAGGGCAAACGGAAUUACAAUUGGACUGUAAAGGAGUUCCUGUCUGUAAAGAAGAGAAUACAAAAUUCUGUUGGCAGAAGCAGCACUUUGAAGAAAUAAAAGGUUUACUUCAGCUCACCACCCAGAAUGCUUGAAUUAGUUAGGUUUUAUAAGGACUUCCUUUUGUAAGCAGAAACCUGGCCUGUUUACUUACCUCUUCUUUCUUCCUCAAAGUCCCCUCCCCCAAGGUCUCUAAUUUAUUUUAUAUUGGAUGAAAUUAAUGAAACUACAGAAUAUAAGCAUUGCUUGAUGUAUUCUAGACUCUGCACUGAGUAAAAUCAGGUGUCGUCUCACCUUCCAUGGGUGUUCCUUUCUGGAAAGUAAGUGAAGUCCAGUUCCCCAAGCUAAAGCUGGUCCCAACAUGCUACUUCAUUGCUACAGUUGAUUUAAGCUUAAGAGAAAUAAAUGGCAUGUUAUACUAUUCUUUUAUUCUA